AUGCCUGGGGCUCAGCAGGGAGAACCAGCCAAGCAGAAAUCAGAGCGGGAGGAGCUGUCCUCCGUGUCUCCCUUCAGUCAGCUCCACAACCUGGCCAUGGAAGUCCCCAGAGCCAUCCUGCUUGGCCUCCUUGGGGCUGCGCUCUGUCUAACGGGCACCCAGACAUCGGAGUCCAAUGUGUCCCAAGCCCUGCAAUGCUACAGCUUUCAACACAUCUACUUCGGGCCCUUUGACCUCAGUAGCGUGAAAUUCCCCAACGUGUCCUGUCUCCAUGGAUGCUCUGAGGCAGUCAUGUCCCUGGACACUGGGUACCGCUCCUCGGUGACCCUGGUACAGAAGGGCUGCUGGACAGGCCCGUCCACGGGCCAGAUGCAGUCCAGCGACCACGCGCUGCCGCCCGACUACUCGGUGGUGCGCGGCUGCGCGACCGACUUGUGCAAUGCCGACCUCAUGAACCAUGACGCCAUCCCCAACCUGAGCCCAGCGCCCAAUCCGCCGACGCUCAGCGGCGUCGAGUGCUAUGCCUGCGUGGGGAUCCAUCCGGCGGACUGCAGCCCGGAAAAGUCCAGACGAGUCCAGUGUCACCAGGACCAAAGCGUCUGCUUCCAGGGCAAUGGCCAGAUGACUGUCGGCAAUUUCUCAGUCCCCGUGUACAUCAGAACCUGCCACCGGCCCUCCUGCACCGUCAUGGGCACCACCAGCCCCUGGACCAACAUCGACCUCCAGGGCUCCUGCUGUGAGGGGAACCUCUGCAACCGGGACUCCGUGACCCAGCCCUUCGCCACCAUGUCGGCCAGCGCCCCUCCCCUGGCACCCCAGGUCCCGGCCCUGCUCCUCAUGGUUCCCCUACUGGUUGGCACUCUGGGAGGCGCCCUGCGGCUCUCCUCAUAGGUGCCUCUCCAGC